AUGUGUAACCAUGGCUCUAUAAUAACUACUAACUUCUUCCGGAGGCUGACCGAGGAGUUGAGCCAGAAGAGAUGGCAGAGUACGCCCAUGUCACAACCCAUCCCUACGGCAACCAACUCACAGACAGGAAGGACUCGAGCGGUGGGAAUCAUCGGCAUUGAGAGGAAGAUAGAGGAGAGGAGGAAAGAGACAGAGAAAAACAUCUCAGAGGCCUUUGAGGACCUCAGUAAGCUGAUGGUGAAGGCGAAGGAGAUGGUGGAGCUGUCCAGGUCCAUCGCCAACAAAAUCAAAGACAAGCAGGGAGACAUCACAGAGGAUGAGACUAUCCGGUUCAAAUCCUACCUGCUCAGUAUGGGUAUAGCCAACCCCGUUACCAGGGAGACGCACGGCUCAGGUACCCACUACCACCUACAGCUGGCCAAGCAGCUGGGAGACAUUCUGCUGGCACCACUAGAGGAGCGUGGUGGGAUGAUGGCUCUGACUGAAGUGUACUGUCUGGUCAACAGAGCUAGGGAAUGGAGCCCCGAGCCAGGCAGUGUUGCAGCGCGCGAGCUGCUGUCUCCAGAGGAUUUGGUGAAUGCCUGUAAGAUGUUUGAGUCGCUGAAGCAACCACUGAGGUUGCGUAUCUUUGACAGUGGUGUGAUGGUGGUUCAGCUGCAGUCCCACAGUGAGGAGGAGAUGAUCUCCUCGGCCCUGGACAACGUAAGAAUCACAAUCACUUUUAUUCACCAAGAACAUUUACCCAGAAUGACACAGUGAGUUGGUGCUGCUAGUGACAAAUUAGAGGAAUUGGGCCUGGGGGUGUUUUUUUACUGUAUUCCAGCUCACUUGUCCUAGGGCUGCA